AUGCAGUCGACUUCACUUCGGUUGAGCAAAGAGUUCCUUAAUCAAGCCAGGGACCGCUUACUUGCAUUCCAAGAAGAAAAAAUGGAAGCGAACGAGGAUAUGAAGCCAAUCAUUAUCAGGGAAAAUGUGUCACUCGAAGCCUACAUCAAAUAUUGUGAAAUUGCAUUUUUGAUACGUUCCUGGAAUAAUCAACUAUGUAAUGCACAAGAGGAGGAUCUUAUUGUGGGACCGAAUAGUUACUAUACUGCUGAUCUUACUAUCCGACCACGAGGACUUCCUAGACCUCCACCUGGCCAGGGAUCUAACUCAGAGGGGAGACCAUAUCCAACACUGGUUGUUGAAGUUGGCAACAGCGAGUCUGUUCCUAGCUUACAUGAUCUCUCGACAGGUUACUUUUCUCCACGAACGACCAUUCAAAUUUAUCUUGCGAUCAAAAUGUUUCCCAUUCGUCAAGAUGCGCCUCUCUAUCCUAAUACGAUAGGAUUUCUUACAAAUAUUGGUGUUCCACUUGUUAACAUCGUUGGCGUCGGGUUUUCAGCAACUGCAUGCAAUGCCUCUGGUAUUCCAUUUAUCAAUUGCGUAUUCCUGCCAUUGAACUUUUUAAUGGUGCCUUUGGAGGCGUCACUGCUAGGGCAGUUAAUGG